CCCCGCGCGUUGUCUGCUCUGCUGGCUCCCUCCGCUAGCGCGGCUGUGCUGCCAGGCCCGGAUCUGCCAUGGCGUCUCCUGCAGCGGGCGGGGUGGUGAUCGUAGGCAGUGGACUCAUUGGUCGGAGCUGGGCUAUGCUCUUUGCUAGUGGAGGCUUCAAGGUGAAGCUCUAUGACAUUGAGCAGCAGCAGAUAAUGAACGCCCUGGAAAACAUCAGGAAGGAGAUGACAUUGCUGGAGCAGUCGGGUUCUCUCAAAGGCUCCUUGAGCGCUGAGCAGCAGCUGUUGCUCAUCAGUGGCUGCGGCAACCUAGCAGAAGCAGUAGAGGGCGCCAUGCACAUUCAGGAGUGCGUCCCAGAGAACCUGGACCUGAAAAAGAAGAUUUUUGCCCAGCUGGACCGCAUCGUGGACGACAGGGUUGUCUUGAGCAGCUCCAGCUCGUGCCUGCUGCCUUCCAAGCUGUUCACGGGCUUGGCCCAUGUGAAGCAGUGCCUCGUGGCUCAUCCCGUCAAUCCACCAUAUUAUGUCCCACUGGUUGAGCUGGUCCCUCACCCAGAGACAGCACCAGCCACGAUGGACAGAACCUAUGCCUUGAUGAGGAAGAUCGGACAGUCCCCAGUGAGAGUCUUGAAGGAGAUCGACGGCUUCGUCCUGAACCGCCUGCAGUACUCAAUCAUCAGCGAGGCCUGGAGGCUGGUGGAGGAAGGAAUAGUAUCUCCUAACGACCUGGACCUGGUCAUGUCAGAUGGGCUGGGCAUGCGCUAUGCAUUCAUUGGACCCUUGGAGACGAUGCACCUCAAUGCUGAAGGUAUGGUAAGCUACUGUGACAGAUACAGUGAAGGAAUGAAGCGUGUCCUCAAGACUUUUGGACCUGUUCCAGAGUUCUCAGGGGCCACCGUGGAGAAAGUUAACCAGGACAUGUGCAUGAAGGUUCCUGAUGACCCGGAGCACUUAGCUGCCAGAAGGCAGUGGAGGGACGAUUGUCUCAUGAAACUCGCCAAACUGAAGCACCAGGUGCAGCCGCAGUAAACUUGUCACAAUGCUGCCGCCACUCCUUCCUGGGAGGCUCUCUUAAGCGAGAGGCUCUCGGUCCAGUCCCUGUGCAGCGUGGAGCGGCCCAGGACGCUGGCCCGGAGAUCGGGUCUGCUCCCCUGUGUGGCGCCGUGGACAGCUGGAGGCCGCUCCCGCCUAACCUGCGCUGGGCUGUCAAAGCACUGCCUGGGUUCUGAGGCCUGGGUUUCCUGCCACCUGGGCAAACAGGCUGAAGAUUUUCACCUCUUCUUUCCAGUGUGCCUACACAUGCACUUCCAGGCGAUGAUUGCAGCUUCCUGUUCUCAAUCUACUUUAAACGUAUUUCUGUAAUUGUUUUCUAAUCCCCCUCUGAGUGUCCCACGACCCUGCGUUAUAAAGCAAUCACCUUCAGUUUAUUCUGAAUAAAAGUGUUGAUUCCACAA